AUGUGCGGCCAACAUGACGGUGAGGAGCUUACCCGCUCCACCGCCGUCACCUCUGUCUCGACUUCAUCGGACCCCUUCCCCUGGGAAUCUGGCAUCUACGAUGCUCAUUGCCACCCCACGGACACCAUGUCCACUAUCGAGGCUAUACCUAGUAUGCGCGCCUCGACUCUAACCGUCAUGGCCACCCGGAGCCAAGACCAGGCCCUCGUUGCUGAGGUUGCUGCGUCCCACGGUGUGCGAUCAAAGUACGAGCUGUCUCAGGGUCAUCUGAUUCCCUCCUUUGGCUGGCAUCCGUGGUUCUCCUACCAGCUGUUCGACGACACCGUGCCCGAGGCUGAGAGGACGUACCACGAGGGCCAGCCCAACGCAAAGAAGCGCCAUUACCAGGCCGUGCUAGCCCCGGCCCCUGAGGACCCCGACUUUCUCGACGCCUUGCCUACCCCGCGUUCUUUGUCGGCCUUUUUAGCCGAUACCCGGGCCCGCCUCCAACAUCAUCCCCUGGCUCUAGUCGGUGAGGUUGGUCUUGACAAGGCCUUUCGCCUACCCCAAGGACGAACGGACGCCGACGAGUCCUCUCGUGACCAAGGCCUUACCCCAGGUGGUCGCGAGGGGCGUCGUUUGGCGCCUCAACAUGUCAAGAUGCCCCACCAGGUUGCCGUGCUGAAAGCUCAGCUGGCUCUCGCGGGUGAUCUUGGCCGUCCUGUGAGUGUCCACGGCGUCCAAGCCCACGGUGUUCUCCAUGAUACCCUCUCUUCUCUGUGGAAGGGUCACGAGAAGGAGGUCGUCAGCAAGAAGAAGCGUCGUCUCGUUGCCGAGGGAGCCGAAGACUUUGAUUCCGAGGAUGAACUCGAGGAGGAUGAGUUUGGCAGGAAAGACGUCCCGCCGAGGCCGUACCCACCGCGGAUAUGCCUCCAUUCGUACUCUGGACCUGCUGAGAUGCUGAAGCAGUAUACUAACCCAGCCAUACCUGCGCGCAUGUUCUUUUCAUUCUCUUCGGCCAUUAACCUAGGCACCAAAGCUGGUGCUGACAAGAUUGCUGAAGUUCUUCAGGCGUGUCCUGACAAUAGCAUUUUGGUUGAGAGCGACCUGCAUAUCGCCGGUGAAGAGAUGGAUGCUAGACUAGAGGAUAUGUACAGAAAGGUAUGCGAGAUCAAGAAGUGGACACUCCAGGAGGGAGUGGAGCGCAUAGGAAAGAACUACCGGGAGUUCAUCUUUGGUUGA